AUAUUAUUGGCUGCUGAAAUUUGUCGGGCGGUUCACAGUGUAAUUUCUAUCAUAUAGAAGUAUUCACCUAUAUUUAACUACCCUCUUGUCUUAAAUUCCGUAAACCUGUGUAUCCACAAUUAGAUAAAUCUUGUGACACCCAGUAAAGGGGCGGAGAUAUUGCACAAACUACACCGAAAUGACAGCAACGCUUGUAGGUUUCGUAUGAUACAAAGACAGUUGUUUAGCCGAUCGUUUAUUUUACGCCUGCUACGUUAGUUUACUGAUAGGCAAAUAAGACUGUCAAAGCAAGUAGGAUUCUUCACAUUCUCCUCGGUUCUUCUGGCCAAGAACCACCAAACAACAAGCAAUUACUUUUUGGUUUAAGGAAAGAGACUACGGGAGUGGACAAGAGAGGAAGUCCUGCUAGCCACUGUGCGUCCACUAACUAAGACAUCAUGUCAGCCCCAGGUUACCCAUCCCCUCACCAGGGUCCUGGAAGUUACUCCACGGCCCCCUACCCUGUUCCUCCUGGUGGGUAUGGUGACCCUAACCAUGCUCCCCCACCGGUUGGCUUCCAUAUGGGCUACAACCACCAACAACCCCACCCAGGCCAGCCUGUGAUGUACCAGCCUGUGCCCAUGCCCGAAUACGGGGUACCUCAAAUGGGCCCCAGCCCAGGCUAUGGUGGUCCCAUGCCUGGGCCUGAGUACGGUGCACCUCAGAUGGGCCCCAGCCCAGGCUAUGGUGGUCCCAUGCCUGGGCCUGAAUACGGUGCACCUAACUCGGGCCCUCCUGCAGCCAUCUCCCCAGCCCCUGCAGCAGUUGUGCCUGUUGGAGUUCCACCUGGUCUGGAGUACCUAACACAGAUUGACCAGAUCCUUAUACACCAAAAAGUGGAGUUGCUGGAAGCAUUCAUUGGCUUUGAGACCAACAACCAGUACGAGAUCAAGAACAGCCUGGGUCAGAAGAUCUACAAGGCCAAGGAGAAAAACGACUGCUGCACACGCAACUGCUGCGGCGCCCUGCGUAGCUUCGACAUGAAGAUCAAGGAUAACACGGACCGUGAGGUCAUCCGCUUCAUACGACCCUACCGCUGUGCCUCCUGCUGGUUUCCCUGCUGCCUGCAAGAGCUCGAGGUCCAAGCCCCGCCUGGCACCACCAUAGGCUAUGUGUCCCAGGACUGGAACCCCUGCGUGCCCAAGUUCUCCAUUAAGGGGGCCAACAAGGAGACUGUAAUGAAGCUGGAGGGACCCUGCUUUGCCUGCAACUGCUGCGGGGACGUCAACUUCAAGCUGACGGGAAAAGAUGGAGGCAAGUCCAUCGGCCGCAUCAGUAAACAGUGGAGUGGCCUGAUAAAGGAGGUCUUCACCGACACGGACAACUUUGGCAUCCAGUUCCCCAUGGACCUGGACGUCAAGAUGAAGGCCGUGCUCAUGGGCACCUGUUUCCUCAUCGAUUUCAUGUUCUUCGAGAAGGUUGGCAACGCAAAACAGCGCAACACCGUCUUUUCAUAACGUAGGAAAAGGGAGAGAAAGAAAGACUGAGUCAAUGCAGUCUGUUUUUCCGAUCCUGUUUGGAACCUCCACUUUUUUCAUAAUCUAUAAGAAACUCCUUCCUUAUUCAAAAGCUUAGAGGACACUGUCAUUCCGUGCCAAUCCCAGAAGUCUUUGUGUGAAACACAACAUGAGGCCUUAACUGAUGAUGAGCUUACAUUUGAGCCAAAAUGCCCUCUCUGGACUGUUUCUGUGUAUCCAUCCAAAUGUAAGAAUCAGUAACUGGUCUAUGACACAUAGGCUUUAGUUCUCUUUCAUGGGUUUCUCCACUCUCUGCAUGGAAUGUGUUUAUCUACGGUAUGUUUUGUCAUAUCUAUAUUUUCAAUUUGUUUUCUAUAAUAUUGAUGUGGGGUUCAGAACACUAGGCAUAAUGGAAAAAUUCCAGUUUUAUAUUUAACCUAACUUUACACAUUCUUUGCGAUUUC